AUGGCUGACGCGGCUGCUAGACAGUUGCAAUAUGAAUACAAAGCCAACUCGAACUUGGUGUUACAAGCUGACGUACGCCUUAUAGAGCGUCGUGGUCGUGAUGAGGCUACAGGCGAGGUGUUGUCCCUGUCAGGGAAGCUUGGUGGCACACGUAUGGGAGACAGGGCUCAGCGCACGAAGCCUGACAAAACUGAGGAACGAAAAGUCAAGAGACAGAAAAGAGAUGAAGCAUCCUAUGAGCUAUCAAAAUCUAAAACAUCCCGGGUAGCAUGGGCUGAUGAUACUCCAGGAGUCCUGUACCGACCAAGAGCACAACACACAAGGCAUGCCUACGAAAUGCUCCUCACAUUCAUGCAGAGUGCUCUUGGAGACCAGCCGAGAGAUAUUCUAUGCGGAGCAUGUGAUGAAGUGCUGGUCGUGCUAAAGAAUGAUAAGUUGAAGGAUCCGGAGAAGAAAAAGGAGAUUGAAAUGCUGCUCGGACCUGUUGCCGAUGAGAGAUUUGCUUUGCUUGUUAAUUUGGGCAAGAAGAUCACAGACUUCAACAUCAGUUCCUCAGCGGAGGGCAACAGUGAGAUAGAUGAGACUUACGGCAUCAACGUGCAGUUCGAGGAGUCCUCCGAGGAAGAUGAUGAGGAUGCUUACGGAGAGGUUCGUGAGGAGGACAAAGAGGAUGGUGAGGGUUCAGAGAAUGAGAAGGAGAAAGACAGCAGUGCUGACGAGGACAGCGAUGCAGAGGGCAAGAGGAACGCUAUACAUGCUAACCUAACUGAAGAACAAACACAAAAACGAAGGGACGCGACGCUCCACCCAAUGGAUAUAGAUGCCUACUGGCUCCAGCGUCGCCUCUCCCGUCACUUCCCAGACGCGAUGGUGUCCCAGGCGAAGUCCUCCGAAGUCCUCACGGCUUUGGGAGAGGCGGCCGAUGAUAGGGACCUGGAGAAUAGGCUCGUUUUGCUAUUGGGAUAUGACUGUUUUGAAUUCGUGAAGCUUUUAAAUAAGUAUCGGUAUACAGUUCUAUACUGCACGAAGCUAGCGUCGUCUCAGUCGGAGAGCGAGCGCGCCGCCAUCAGGGAGGAGAUGUCCAAACAACCGCAUCUACAGAAGAUACUAGCUCAGCUGGAGACUGGGAAGGGGGAUGACGAGACAUCACAGCAAUCAUCCGAAGCGCCCAGAAAGCGUCAUAAAUCAGACCCUGAGUCCACAUCCUCCACGGGUCAGGUGACAGGGAACCGGAAAGUGUUACAGCUGGAAGAGCUCAUGUUUGCAGCUGGAGCUCACUUCAUGGCUAACAAACGGUGCCAGUUGCCACCUGGAUCCUUCAGGAAGCAAAGGAAAGGUUACGAAGAAGUCCACGUCCCUGCUUUGAAGCCCAAGCCUUUUGAUGAAGGAGAGACCCUGUUACCGAUAGAGAAGCUCCCUAAAUACGCACAGCCAGCCUUCGAGGGGUUCAAGACAUUGAACAGGAUACAGAGUCGAAUCUGCAAAGCAGCUCUGGAAACGGAUGAAAAUCUCCUAGUCUGUGCCCCGACAGGUGCGGGCAAGACCAAUGUAGCUUUACUUUGUCUGCUCAGAGAAUUGGGCAAACAUGUCAACGAUGAUGGAUCAGUCAACGUUCACGACUUCAAGAUGAUCUAUGUUGCUCCUAUGCGGUCACUUGUGCAGGAAAUGGUCGGUACCUUCAGCAAGCGCCUGUCAGCGUACAACCUCCGUGUUUCGGAGCUGACCGGGGAUCACCAGCUCACUCGGGAGCAGAUUGACGCCACACAGCUUAUUGUUUGCACGCCUGAGAAAUGGGAUAUUAUUACUAGAAAAGGUGGCGAGCGUUCCUUCACAAACUUGGUGCGCCUGAUCAUCAUUGACGAGGUCCACCUUCUCCACGACGAGCGAGGGCCAGUUCUGGAGGCACUCGUCGCCAGGACGCUGAGGACGGUCGAGCAGACUCAGGAGGAGGUUCGUCUAGUUGGUCUGUCAGCCACGCUGCCAAACUACACCGACGUGGCCGCCUUCCUGCGUGUGAAGCCGGACCAGGGACUCUUCUAUUUUGACAACUCAUUCAGACCCGUAGCCCUAGAACAGCAGUACAUAGGUGUGACUGAAAAGAAGGCGCUGAAGCGAUUCCAGGUCAUGAACGAUAUAGUGUACGAGAAGACCAUGGAACAUGCUGGCAGGAAUCAGAUCCUAGUGUUUGUGCACUCCCGUAAGGAGACAGGCAAGACUGCGCGCGCUAUCAGAGACAUGUGUCUAGAGAAGGAUACGCUCGGGCAGUUCCUCAGGGAAGGCUCGGCAAGCAUGGAAGUGCUCCGUACAGAGGCGGAGCAGGUAAAGAACCCGGAACUACGUGAGCUGCUGCCGUACGGGUUUGCUAUACAUCACGCCGGGAUGAGCAGGGUCGACAGGACUCUUGUUGAAGAUCUGUUCGCCGAUAGACAUAUACAGGUGCUGGUGUCGACGGCGACCCUGGCGUGGGGCGUGAACCUGCCGGCGCACACCGUCAUCGUCAAGGGCACGCAGGUGUACUCGCCCGAGCGGGGCCGCUGGGCAGAGCUGGGGGCGCUCGACGUGCUGCAGAUGCUGGGCAGGGCCGGCCGGCCGCAGUACGACACGAAAGGAGAGGGUAUCCUGAUCACGAACCACUCGGAGCUGCAGUACUACCUGUCCCUGCUGAACCAGCAGCUCCCGAUCGAGUCGCAGCUGGUCAGCAAGCUGCCCGACAUGCUCAACGCGGAGGUCGUGCUCGGCUCCGUGCAGAGCGUGCGGGACGCCGUCACCUGGCUCGGCUACACAUACCUGUACAUCAGAAUGCUGCGUCAGCCGGCGCUGUACGGCAUCUCGCAGGAGAAGUUCCAGGAGGACUCUCUGCUGGAACUGCACAGAGCUGACCUCAUACACACUGCUGCUAGCUUGUUGGAUAAAGCGGGCCUGAUCCGAUACGAGCGUAAAUCCGGCCACUUUCAACCUACGGAGUUAGGCCGCAUAGCGUCCCAUUUCUACUGCACAUAUGAAACGAUGCAAUGUUAUUCUCAGCUAUUGAAGCCCACGCUUGGUGAAAUUGAACUGUUCAGAGUAUUCUCUUUGUCGGCUGAGUUUAAACAUAUAGCUGUCAGGGAGGAAGAAAAACUAGAGCUUUGCAAGCUCAUGGAGAGGGUACCAAUCCCAAUAAAAGAGAGUAUAGAGGAGCCCUCAGCUAAGAUCAACGUCUUGCUCCAAGCGUAUAUAUCGCAGCUGAAAUUGGAAGGUUUUGCUCUUAUGGCGGACAUGGUGUACGUCACCCAGUCCGCUUGUCGACUGUUGAGAGCUAUAUUCGAAAUUGUGCUGCAUCGAGGCUGGGCCCAGCUAGUGGACAAGACGCUAGCUCUCUGCAAGAUGGUGGACAGACGCAUGUGGCAAUCCAUGUCUCCGCUACGACAGUUCAGGAAGAUGCCCGAAGAAGUAAUAAAAAAAUUAGAAAAGAAAAAUUUCCCAUGGGAGAAGCUGUACGAACUGGGUCCCAAUGAGAUAGGCGAGCUCGUUCGAGCGCCUAAGUUAGGCAAAAUGAUACAUAAAUACGUACAUCAGUUCCCUAAAUUGGAGCUGGCGACGCAUAUACAGCCCAUCACCAGAUCCACGUUGAGGGUCGAAUUGACCAUCACGCCUGACUUCCACUGGGACGAGAAGAUUCACGGCCAAUCAGAAGCCUUCUGGAUCCUCGUAGAAGAUGUGGACUCGGAAGUAGUACUCCACCACGAGUACUUCCUACUCAAGGAGAAGUACUGCAAGGACGAGCACCAUGUCAAGUUGUUCGUGCCGGUAUUCGAACCCCUUCCCCCACAGUACUUCUUGAGGGUCGUCUCCGAUAGAUGGAUAGCAGCAGAGACUCAGCUACCAGUGUCAUUCCGUCACCUCAUCCUCCCCGAGAAGAACCUCCCCCCGACCGAGUUGCUGGACUUACAGCCGCUCCCAAUAUCGGCACUAAGAAACCCCAAGUUCGAGGAGUUGUAUAAUGAAACAUUCCCGCAGUUCAAUCCGGUGCAGACUCAAGUGUUCAACGCAGUCUACAAUUCAGAUGAGAACGUGUUCGUCGGCGCCCCAGCCGGCGCUGGCAAGUCAGUAGUGGCUGAGUUGGCACUACUUCGUCUACUGGCCACUAACCCGUCGGGGAGAGCCGUGUACCUGUUACCCAAGGACGCACUGGCUGACAUCGUGUUCGCUGAUUGUUACCAUAAAUUUGGAACUAGGUUUAAUGUUAAGGUGGUACAGCUGACCGGUGAGACGGCGACGGAUCACAAGUUGCUCAACAAAGGUCAAAUCAUUGUCACCACAGCUGACAAAUGGGACAUUCUAUCUAGAAGAUGGAAGGUCCGUAAGAGCGUCCAGAGCGUGUCCCUGUUCAUAGUGGACGCGCUCCAACUGCUGGGCGGGGAGGAGGGCCCGGUACUGGAGGUCGUCUGCUCCAGGAUGCGGUAUAUAUCCUCGCAGAUUGGUCGUCAAAUCCGUAUGGUAGCCCUGUCGCUCCCCCUGGCGGACGCGCGCGACGUGGCGCAGUGGUUGGGCUGCUCCGCCAACACUACGUUCAACUUCCACCCCAGCGUCAGACCACUGCCUCUACAGCUGCAUAUUCAGGGCUUCAACAUCUCGCACGCGGGCUCCCGGCUGGCCGCCAUGACGAAGCCCAUCUACCACGCGGUGGUCCGUCACGCGGGGCGGCGGCCGGCGGCCGUGUUCGUGCCGUCGCGGCGCGCGGCGCGCCUGCUGGCCGCCGACCUGCUGGCGCUGGCCGCGGCGCACGCCACGCCCGCCGCCUUCCUGCGCGCGCGCCCCGACAUGCUGCAGCCCUUCCUCAAGAGGGUCAACGACAAGAUGCUCCGCGAGACCCUGGCCGCUGGCGUGGCCUACCUGCACGAGGGCGUGGAGCCGGCGGACAGACGCCUGGUGCAGCAGCUGCUGGAGUCGGGCGCCGUGUCGCUGUGCGUGGUGGCCGCCGAGCUGGCCUGGGGGCUGGCCGCGCACGUCCACACCGUCAUCAUCGCCGACACCCAUGUCUACAACGGCAAGCUGCACGCGUACGAGCAGUACCCGGUGACGACGGUGCUGCAGAUGAUCGGCCGCGCCUGCAGGCCGCUGGACGACGAGCACGCCGUCGUCGUGCUCAUGUGUGUCGCGCACCACAAGACAUUCUUCACCAAGCUGCUCAACGACUGCCUGCCGCUCGAGAGUCACCUCGACCACAGACUCCACGACCACAUGAACGCGGAGAUCGUAACAAAGACUAUAGAGAACAAGCAGGACGCCGUCGACUACCUCACCUGGACCUUCCUCUACCGCCGUCUGACGCAGAACCCUAAUUAUUACAACUUGCAGGGAGUCACUCACAGGCACCUAUCAGACCACCUGUCAGAGUUGGUGGAGACGACCCUGACGGACCUGGAGCAGUCCAAGUGCAUCGCCAUCGAGGAUGAUAUGGAUGUCCAGCCACUCAACUUGGGGAUGAUCGCGUCUUACUACUAUAUCAACUAUACUACUAUAGAAUUGUUCUCCCUCUCCCUCACAAACAAGACGAAGAUCCGUGGCCUGCUGGAGAUCAUAUCCUCGGCCGCGGAGUACUCCGAGCUGUGUAUCAGACACCGAGAGGAGAAUAUCAUCAAGGCGUUAGCUGCCAAGGUCCCCCACAAGCCGACCGCGGCGUCAGGCGCUCCGGUCAAAUACAACGACCCACACGUGAAGGCCCACGUACUGUUACAAGCACAUCUCUCUCGCAUGCAGCUACCUGCAGAGCUGCAGGCGGAUACUGGCCUCGUGCUGGCCAAGGCCAUCCGCCUGAUCCAGGCGUGCGUGGACGUGGUGUCCAGCAGUGGCUGGCUGUCCCCGGCGGUGGCGGCCAUGGAGCUGGCGCAGAUGGUGACGCAGGCCAUGUGGGCCAAGGACUCCUACCUCAGGCAGCUGCCGCAUUUCACCGCGGAACUGGUGCAGAGGUGCUCCGAGAAGGGAGUGGACACAGUGUUCGACGUGAUGGAACUGGAGGACAACGCUCGCGCCAAACUACUGCAGCUGUCACCGACAGAGAUGGCAGACGUGGCGCGCUUCUGUAACCGAUACCCCAACGUCGAGCUGACUUACGAGGUCCUGAACGAGCGCCACCUCCGCGCCGGCAAGCCGAUAGUAGUGGAGGUGUCCCUGGAGAGAGAGGACGACAUCGUCGGACCUGUCAUUGCGCCCUUCUUCCCGCAGAAACGCGAGGAAGGCUGGUGGGUGGUGAUCGGUGACCCGAAGACGAACACUCUGCUCUCCAUCAAGAGAGUGUCGCUGGCUCGCAGCGCCAAGGUCCGCCUGGACUUCGUCUGCGGGGCCCCAGGGCGUCACACGUACACUCUAUACUUCAUGUCGGACGCCUACCUCGGCGCCGACCAGGAGUACAAGUUCACCGCAGAGGUCGCUGAGGCCGCCUCCGACUCCAGCGACUCGGAAUAA